AUGCCUGACCCCAUAUCGGGAAUAGAAAUUGCAGGAGAACAAAGAUAUGAGGUUGACUCCACGAUGACGGAGAUCAGUCACGCUCUACAAGAGCUCCCUGCUGAGCUUUCAAAUGAAAUACAUAUGCCGCAUGAACCAUUUUCAACCUUGGAGUCGAGUGUCCCUACUACUGACCUAUCGCCUCACUACACUCCCUACAGAAGUCCAGCGCUAUUUUCACCUCUGUCCCCGACAUCCAUCUCUCCAUUGAACACUUCUUCUUCUGUUGCUCACUGUUCGACAUCAGCGAGCCAGCCACAAGACCCAUCCAAUCAGACAAGCGACGGGUAUGUCCAUGAGUUAGGGAACGAAAUGGAUGGUGCAGACUACAUUCAACUGGUCUCCAGCAACUUGGGACACGGACCUGCCUCAGAGGCUGCAGAUGAAGAUCCAAAUCUUCCAACUUGGGAGACGAGCACUUUCGGAGGACGAACUGAUUUUUGCGGAUCACCUCUGGAUCUCAGAAAGACUGGAUUACAGGGAAGUCUCUGCGCUGCUCCCAUUGGAUCGUUCGCUGAAUCUCGUGCCCCUGCCAGUGGGCAGACCUCUUGCUCGUCCGAUGAUUACACCCUGGAAUCACCUGUGGGCUUGUCUCUUCACAGACAACGCUGCCGUGGGAUCUUGAAAUUUCAGGCCCAGGACCUUGGACUUUCCAGUCCAUCAAACCAAUAUAGUGUGUCACCUGAAAGUAGCAGCAGCGACAGAAGCGCCUCAAUCCAUGACUGCCUUUGUUUGCAAGAACUCACCCCACCUCGUGGUCCGUCUCCAUCAGAGCUCUUAGGGAUUCUCCAAGUUGGAUCUGGAAAACUCGAAGGAUGGAUGCCUUUCGGCCUUCUUGAGCGUAUGGGAGUCGUGUUUCAGUCUAUCACCGAGCAAUCAUUAGGCAAACUCAGCGAGGUCAAAGCACCUGAGCUCCACUUCGUGCUGGGGCCAGUUUACAGGAGCUGGCCUACUCUAGAGACUGGCUUGUCUGCACUAUAUUUGUUGGUCAUCGGCAAGGUUCCACAUAGGCUCAAGGAAGUCCUAUCGCUACUGUUCGUGGCUUAUUCUAUUGUAAUAAUGCUCGUUGAUGAGCACAGCCAGGCACAAUUUGCUGAAGCAUUACUUCUGGACGACGUUGAAUGGACGAAUGCCAUCGCUUGCCAUGAGGAGCGGGCUGCCUUCAAAAUGCUCCUCCAGUACAGGUGUCUACCGGGACUCAUCAGCGCUGUCUGCGCUCAGGCCUAUGGAUCGUCGAGUGGUGGUUGGAGAUCUUUUCAUCCUACAAGAACUCCAUUCGAGCGAGCGUCUAUUCCCUUCGAAGGACGGCUUUGUGGUGAGAAUGAAAGUGGGUUCAGGCUACGCACUGGUUUGAAUGCGCGAAUUUGCCAGUGGUAUAUUGAUUAUUGCUAUAAGACAGACUCUCUCUGUCGCCUUCGUGAUCCCUGUUCAACUGCUUCUUACUCCGUAGGAGCACCUCCUUCUUCCGAGGAAUCGGUUCGUUGUGACUUGAUCAGGCCAUGCAUGGAGAACUCAUCCUCUAACACUUGCGAUCAAGCACUUGAAAUCCUUGAACGCAAUCUUCGCAAUGGCCAAAUCUCUACGUUUUAUGAAGAUGCACAAAUUGUGAUUAGAGAGAUGAGCAAUUUGGAGCCAGGACGGGCCCUUGGUGUUUUGGUUUGCCGAUGCCGAGGUGCACAGGCUAUGUAUAACUCUCACAAGGUGUGCUGGUUCCGCGAUUGGAUUCGACGAGCUCCCAGUCGAGACAUAGAGGCUUUACAUCGGCCUCUUGCACACGCUGAUACCCCCAGCCUACAUGAACUGAGUGGCCUUUCUUAUGCAUCGUCACAAGCGGUGGGCACCAUCGCUGCUGCCAGUACUCCGCCAGCCACCUCGCCAACUAGGAAAAGGAAGCAUGAAGCAUCAGAAGCCAGCAAAUGUCCUUAUUGCGAGCAGACUUUCUCUGGUGCUGAGUGUGACCAGAAAUCCAAUCUUAAGCGCCAUAUUAGGCACAAGCACCGUCAUGCUGGGCAAGCUGCUCUCGGACUAUACAACCCUUAUGGAGAUCGUGGCUUUGGCGGUGGGCGCGAAGAUGGCAGACGCGCUCUGCCUGGAACUGCCAGAGCUGUUGUUGUAGUAGGAAUUCCUACUGCAACUGCUCCGACAGCAGCAGCAGCAACUACAACAACAGCAGCAGCAGCAGCAGCAACAACAACAACAGCAGCAGCACCAACCACCACCACCACCACCACCACCUCCUCAGCCGCCCCUGUGCCUGCGCCUGUGCCUGUGCCUGUGCCUGCGCCUGUGCCUGCUCCUGUUGUUUCCCCAUUUCCUAUUCCUGCGACUGGGCCUGCUACUUUCCUUGCUCCUCUCCUUGGGCCUGCGCCAGCAGGACGUUUGGCUCGUUCUCGAAAUCAAGAGACUCCAAAUCCAGCGCGUCCAACAUCUACUUUAGCUGCGCGACCCCGACCCCGACCUCAACCUCGACCUCAACCUCAACCUCAACCCCAACCCCAACCUCAACCUCAACCUCAAGCCUCCUCCUCCUCUGCUGCUGCGCCGACAGCUCCUACAACCGGCCGAUACCCACAUCCUGCCCUCAUAACCCACAAUCUCGAGCCAUGGACGUUCCGCAUUGCCGCUGUGAACAACAUCAAAUUGACCCAGGUCGUCCGCUACCGUGGUCUGCGCGUCGACGACGAGUUGUGGUGGAACACAGGGACGCAUAGGCAGGGCGUAAGAGUGGUCCACAUCGCACAAGGCGGCCACAUCUACCUCCAGGUCCUCGACCACUUGGGCCGGACCGGUCACCGCUUUGUCCAGGUCGACGGGACACCUUACUUUACAGACCCAGAGAAUAUCAUACGAGCUCUGGCGACUUACGGACGACCUGCUACCUUGCCGCUGCCGCCAUAUGCUGGCACAGGGCUUACGCCAUGGAAUGCUUUGGAGGUGUUUCGCGGGGGACGUCGCGUGGGGACACUGAACGAGGUCCGAGAAGACCUGCGUGUGCGAGGAAGCCAGCAGCCGGUUCCGCGAGGAAUGCGGAGGGGAAGGAGAGGGGGAGCGGGAGGAGGGAGAAGAAGGAGAACUGCUGCGCCUGCGCCUGCCCCUGCGACUGCGGAAGAGGCCGAGGAGGAUGAGAUGGAGGUGGAUUCGGAUUCAUCUGGGGAUACAAUCCCAUACCUGGGCGAGUAA